AUUUUUCUCGAUUCUCUUUUGGAUUAUUGCAUAUUUCUUUGCGGCGUAAUAAUAGUUGUUUGAUUAACAAAUUUAGCAAACCAAAUUAUUUGUAUAAUUAUAACCCAACAUCCCAUUUUAGGUUUUUUAAUAAUAAUAAUAAACUUGGUACAACUACUACUUUAUUAUUGACGAUAAGAAAUAUGGCUACUACUAGUAAGAAUUUGAAUAGGCUGGCACACGAAAAAAGUCCUUAUUUGUUGCAACAUGCUGAUAAUCCUGUCGAUUGGUAUCCAUGGGGCGAAGAAGCCUUUAAAAAAGCUAGAGAGGAAAAUAAAAUGAUUUUUUUGAGUGUGGGUUAUAGUACUUGCCAUUGGUGUCAUGUGAUGGCUCAUGAAUCAUUCGAGGAUGAGAAAAUAGCAAAUAUUAUGAACGAGAAUUUUGUAAAUGUCAAAGUCGACAGGGAGGUUCAGCCUGAUGUGGAUCGCAUGUAUAUGAUUUUUGUUCAAUUGAUGUCUGGCAGUGGUGGUUGGCCAAUGUCCGUUUUUUUAACCCCCGAAUUGUAUCCUGUACUUGGUGGAACUUAUUUCCCUCCAGAAGAUCAAUAUGGGAGACCUGGAUUCACGACUGUCCUUAAGAAAAUGUCUUCAUUAUGGAAAGAAAAAGGUGAAGAAUUGAAAAAAUCUGGUGAAGAUGCUAUUAAAACUUUACGCGAAUAUUCCCAUAAAAAAAUUACGGAACAAAUAUCUCAACCGUUAAAUAUCAAAGUUGCACAUAAAUUACAUGAUUAUUUCGUUCGAUCAUUUGAUGAUGAUGAAGGUGGUUUUGAUGGAAAAAGUGAACCGAAGUUCCCGACUCCAGUACAAUUUCACUUUUUACUUCGUCAUUAUUAUUAUACGUUGGCAGAUCUUGAUAAAGCCGAAGAAAGAUUUGCUAUAAUGUCAAUCCAAGAAAUUAAAGGACGUGGACAAACAUUAGGGAUUGAUUUCAAAGAUUGUGAUAAUGAAGCACAAUUUUUAAAAAAGUUACAAAAUGUUGUAGAAAGUCGAAGGGAAGCUGCAGAAAAAGAUCUGAAUAUGGUCAAAUUUACUUUAAAGAAAAUUGCCAUGGGAGGGAUUCAUGAUCACAUUGGAAAUGGAUUUCAUCGAUAUUCCACUGAUAAAUAUUGGCACAUUCCUCAUUUCGAAAAAAUGCUUUACGAUCAAGCUCAAUUGCUUAAGAGUUAUACUGAAGUUUAUUUGAUAACUAAAGAUGAAUAUUAUGCCGAGGUUGCACGUGAUAUUAUUAAAUACGUUGAACGAGAUUUGAGAGAUCAUGAAGGAGCAGGAUUUUAUUCAGCCGAAGAUGCAGAUUCUUACUCUAAUGAUGAGGCCAAGCAUAAAUUGGAGGGUGCUUUUGCUGUAUGGGAAGCAUCAGAAAUUAAAGAAAUUUUGGGUGACAAGAAUUCGGAAAUAUUUUCAUAUCAUUUUGGUGUUGAACCUAAUGGAAAUGUUGACCCCAGAAAAGAUAUUCAAGGUGAACUAAAGAAUAAGAAUGUAUUAAUUGAACGUCAUACUCCCGAAGAAACAGCAGAAAAAUUUCAAAUUUCUCUUGAUGAAGCAAAAGCUAUUCUAGCUGAAUCCAAAGAAAAGCUUGCAAAAUAUCGAUUUGAGAAAAGACCUAAACCACAUCGAGAUGAUAAGAUUCUCACAACUUGGAAUGGUUUGAUGAUAUCGGCUCUUGCACAGGCAUACGACGCGUUACGUGAUGAAAAAUAUCUCGAAUUAGCUGAGGGAGCUGCCAAGUUUAUUAAAGAUAGAUUAUAUGAUCCCGAUAAAAAGAAGUUAUUGAGAAGCUUUAGAGAAGAACCCGGUGAAAUCGAUGGGUUUGUUGACGAUUAUAGUAAUUUAAUCGAAGGUCUACUUGAUCUUUAUCAAUCAACUUUUAACGAGACUUAUCUUGCUUGGGCAAUUGAUUUACAGGACCAGCAAAUUAAGUUGUUUUAUGAUGAACAAGGCGGAGGUGGAUUUUUUAAUGUAGGAGAGGAUACCAAGAAUAUCUUGGUUAGAUUGAAGGAUGAUCAUGAUGGAGCUGAACCUUCCUCUAAUUCGGUUUCAAUUAGUAAUUUGAUUCGACUUGGACAUAUAAUUAAUAAUGCGGAUUACAAUGCUAAAGCUGAACAAACUUUAAAAUAUUUUAUUGGAACAUUGGAUAAAGCCCCGUAUGCUAUGCCAGCUAUGGUAGCAAGUUUAAUGUUACAUUUGAAAGGUAUCAAACAGUUUAUUGUUGUUGGACCAAAAGAAGAAGCAAUUGUUCAACAAUAUAUUGAAACUAUUAGAAAAAGAUUCAUACCAAACAAAUUUUUAUUGCAAGCUAAAGAUGAUGGACAAGUAUUGAAUGAAAGGUGUGAAGUGAUUAAAAGUAUUUUGGAAGCGGGGGAUAAUACACCUUCAGUUCGUAUUUGUGAAAAUUUUACUUGUGGAAUGCCAAUUAAAGACGUACAUGGAUUGGAAGAAAAGUUAUCUUAAUUAUAGGAAUAAGAUUUUUAAAUAUUUGAAAUAGUUACAAUAUUAAAUGCUAAUAUAACUGUGUACUUUA